CAUCAUUGUAACGUAACGUAAUGUUGCGUCUUUUCUGUUUCUACAUAGAAUUUUUCUUCAAGAUAUAAUUGAUAUUUUGAGUAUCGUGGGGCUCACCCCAUCCCACUUAUUACUCGGUGUUCCUCACUCCUUCAGUCGCGCGUGGUCAAAGUUCCCACCAUUUCGUUGCAUGCUAAAAGAAAACAAAACAGAAAAAGAAAAACCUCUGUACUUCCCACUUUUAAAAAAUCAAAAGUAUUAUCCGGAGGAAAAACUGAUCUGUUGCUAUUAUCACAGUGUGUUAGCUUUGGUUUAAUGCUCUUUUACUGUCCUUAAAGAUCACUUCAAAGUCGCCUCUUCCUUUUGACCUUUUUCUUCUUCACGAAAACCUUAGUGAUACCAAAACAGAGCCCGAAGACGAACUGAAAUGAAAACAGCAACAAAAACAUCUUGAGAGUGAAAAUAAAGCCGAAACAACAACCAUGAGUCUAAGACCAGGACCAGUAGUCCCUCCACGCGCUCGAAAUGGUGCACACGCGCCACCACCGCCAAUGCCAGAUAUUUACAACAUAAUCCCAAUCCACGACCUGUUAUCCGACCACCCUUCGCUCCGGUACCCGGAGGUGAGAGCAGCAGCAGCCGCCUUACGGGACGUGAGUAACUUACCGAGGCCGCCUUUUGUGACAUGGGACCCACACAUGGACUUGAUGGACUGGGUGGGACUGCUCUUCGGGUUUCAAAGAGACAAUGUUAGGAACCAGAGGGAGCAUUUAGUGCUUCACUUAGCCAACUCACAAAUGCGGCUGCAGCCACCUCCAUCAAUACCGGACGCACUCGACCCAAAAGUGCUCCGUCGUUUCAGGACUAAGUUACUCGGUAACUACACUUCUUGGUGCUCUUACCUUGGUAGAAAAUCCGAAGUUGUACUUGCCAAGCGUAGUAAUAAUAGUAAUGAGCAAAGGCGCCAGCUGCUAUAUGUUGCUUUAUAUCUUUUAAUAUGGGGAGAAUCUGCGAAUCUUAGGUUUAUGCCUGAGUGUUUAUGUUAUAUUUAUCAUUUUAUGGCGAUGGAAUUAAAUAAAGUUCUUGAUGAAUGGACCGAUCCUAGUACUGGUAGGGCAUUCAUGCCUUCAGUUUUUGGUGAUUGUGCUUUUUUGAAGUGUAUUGUUAUGCCUUUUUAUCAAACUGUUAAGGAUGAAGUUGAUAGUAGUAAUAAUGGGACCAAGCCACAUUCUGCUUGGAGGAACUAUGAUGAUUUGAAUGAGUUUUUCUGGAGUAGGAGGUGUUUUAGGAAGCUUGGUUGGCCUAUUAAUUUUGGAAGAAAUUACUUCUCUACGGUUGAGAAAAGUAAGAGAGUUGGCAAGACUGGGUUUGUGGAGCAGAGGUCGUUUUGGAAUGUGUUUAGGAGUUUUGAUAAGCUAUGGGUUUUGCUUAUUUUGUAUCUGCAGGCUAGUGUUAUUGUUGCUUGGGCAGGUACUCGUUAUCCAUGGCAAGCAUUGGAGAACCGUGAUGUGCAGGUUGAGUUGUUGACUUGUUUUAUCACUUGGGCUGGGCUUAGGUUUCUGCAAUCUAUUCUUGAUGCAGGGACUCAAUACAGCUUGGUUUCGAGGGACACCAAGUUGCUAGGAUUGAGGAUGGUGUUAAAGUGUCUGGUUGCUUUAACAUGGACUGUUGUGUUUGGGGUGUUUUAUGCGAGGAUUUGGAGUGCAAAGAAUUCUGCUCAGUUUUGGUCUACCGAGGCAAAUGAUAGAAUUGUAACAUUUCUUGAGGCUGUCUUUGUGUAUGUUAUUCCCGAGUUGCUGGCUUUGGUCCUUUUUGCACUUCCUUGGAUCAGAAAUGCACUUGAGGAGUUGGAUUGGAGUAUUUUGUAUGUAUUGACAUGGUGGUUUCAUAAGCGGAUUUUUGUCGGGCGUGGACUGAGGGAAGGGCUCAUCAAUAAUGUCAAGUAUACAUUGUUUUGGGUUAUUGUUCUGGCUUCAAAGUUUAUAUUCAGUUAUUUCCUUCAAAUCAGGCCACUGGUUGCCCCAACAAGGGCUCUUUUGGAUCUUGGGAAUGUCCCUUACAAUUGGCAUCCAUUUUUCGGUGGCAGCAACAGAAUUGGAGUUAUUUUGAUCUGGAUGCCUGUUGUUUUAAUAUAUUUUAUGGAUUUACAAAUCUUUUAUUCUAUUUUCUCUUCCUUUGUUGGUGCAAUGAUUGGACUAUUCUCACACUUGGGUGAAAUUAGAAACAUUGAUCAGCUUCGGCUUAGAUUUCAGUUCUUUGCCAGUGCUUUGCAGUUUAAUCUCAUGCCAGAAGAACAGUUGCUGAGUCCUAAGAUGACACUGGUGAAGAAGCUACGUGACGCAAUCCACAGAUUGAAACUAAGAUAUGGGCUUGGCCAGCUUUACAAAAAGAUUGAAUCAAGCCAAGUUGAGGCCACCAGAUUUGCUUUGAUAUGGAAUGAGAUCAUCACAACUUUCCGGGAAGAAGAUAUAAUCAGCGAUCAAGAACUUGAGCUCUUAGAAUUGCCACCUAAUUGUUGGAACAUCAGGGUAAUUCGCUGGCCAUGUGUGUUACUAUGUAAUGAGCUACUGCUUGCCCUCAAUCAGGCUCAAGAACUGGCAGAUGCACCUGAUAGGUGGAUUUGGUUAAAAGUAAGCAAAAGUGAGUAUAGGCGGUGUGCUGUAAUUGAAGCCUAUGAUAGCAUCAAGCAUUUACUUCUUACAGUUGUCAGAUAUGGAACCGAAGAACAUUCCAUUAUUGAGAAAUUUUUUGAUGAGAUAGACAACAGCAUUCAGUUUGAGAAGUUCACUGAGGCUUACCACAUGAAAACACUAGAACGAAUCCGUUCCAAGUUAAUAUCACUUGUUGAGUUUCUGAUGGAACAAAAUAAGGAUCUUAACAAGGCAGUGAAUAUAUUGCAGGCUUUGUAUGAGCUUUGUGUUCGAGAAUUUCCAAAGGGAAAGAAGACUGUAGAACAAUUGAGGCAGAAAGGUCUAGCCCCCCAUAAUCCAGCCACCAAUGAAGGGUUACUCUUUGAGAAUGCUAUUGAGAUUCCAGAUACCGAAAAUGAGUUCUUCAACAGGAAUUUACGGCGUUUGCAAACAAUUCUUACCUCCAGAGAUUCCAUGCAUAAUGUCCCAAAGAAUAUUGAGGCAAGACGGCGUAUUGCCUUUUUUAGCAAUUCGCUCUUCAUGAACAUGCCUCAUGCUCCUAAUGUUGAGAAAAUGAUGGCUUUUAGUGUUUUGACCCCUUAUUAUGAAGAAGAAGUGUGUUUUCCUAAAGAAAUGCUUCGGCGGCCAAAUGAAGAUGGCAUAUCUACCAUUUUUUAUCUGCAGAAGAUCUAUGAAGAUGAGUGGAAUAACUUCAUAGAGAGGAUGCGCCGAGAGGGAAUUGAAGAUGAUGAAGAUAUAUGGGAGAAAAAGUCAAGGGAUCUUCGACUUUGGGCUUCUUACAGAGGUCAGACAUUAGCCCGCACUGUGAGGGGAAUGAUGUAUUACUAUAGGGCUCUUAAGAUGCUUUCCUAUCUGGAUUCUGCUUCCGAGAUGGACAUAAGGAGGGGAACACAAGAACUCGCUUCUCAUCACUCAUCGAGGCAAUACCGCAGUUUGGAUGGUUUAAACUCAGUCAAGCCACUGUCUUCAAGUAAACUUGACAGAGCAAAUAGUAGUGUAAGUCUUUUGUUUAAAGGGCCUGAGCAUGGAAGUGCUUUAAUGAAAUUUACUUAUGUGCUGUCUUGCCAAGUGUAUGGGCAGCACAAGGCAAAGGGAGAUGCUCGUGCUGAGGAGGUUUUAUAUUUGCUGAAAAACUACGAGGCCCUUCGAGUUGCAUAUGUUGAUGAAGUUCACUUGGGGAGGAAUGAAGUUGAGUAUUACUCAGUUCUUGUAAAGUAUGAUCAGCAGUUGCAGAGGGAAGUAGAGAUCUAUCGGAUAAGGCUGCCUGGUCCAUUGAAGCUUGGAGAGGGCAAACCUGAAAAUCAGAACCAUGCCAUAAUCUUUACUCGUGGUGAUGCAGUCCAGACCAUUGACAUGAACCAGGACAAUUAUUUUGAGGAGGCACUCAAGAUGCGGAAUUUGCUGGAGGAAUUUAAGACCUAUUACGGCAUUAGGAGACCAACCAUAUUAGGUGUUCGUGAGAAUAUCUUCACAGGUUCAGUUUCCUCACUUGCUUGGUUCAUGUCUGCUCAGGAAACAAGUUUUGUGACACUUGGUCAGCGUGUUCUUGCUAACCCUUUGAAGGUACGAAUGCACUAUGGGCAUCCAGAUGUGUUUGAUAGGUUCUGGUUCUUUCCUAGAGGUGGAAUCAGCAAGGCUUCUAGAGUGAUCAAUAUCAGCGAGGAUAUAUUUGCCGGAUUCAAUUGCACACUUCGAGGUGGCAAUGUGACACACCAUGAAUAUAUCCAGGUUGGUAAGGGAAGGGAUGUUGGAUUGAAUCAGGUUGCAAUGUUUGAGGCAAAGGUUGCAAGUGGCAAUGGUGAGCAGGUUCUGAGCAGGGAUGUAUACCGGUUGGGCCACAAAUUGGAUUUCUUUCGUAUGCUCUCAUUUUACUACACAACUGUGGGGUACUACUUCAACACAAUGGUUCUGGUACUAAGUGUUUAUGCUUUUCUGUGGGGCCGCCUUUAUCUUGCCCUCAGUGGUGUUGAGGGUUAUAUGUCCAGUAGUAGCAGUAAGGCUUUUGGCACAAUUCUGAAUCAGCAGUUCAUUAUCCAGCUAGGCCUCUUUACUGCCCUCCCAAUGGUUGUGGAAAACUCUCUUGAGCAUGGCUUUCUUCCUGCUAUUUGGGACUUUUUGACAAUGCAGUUGCAGCUAGCUUCGCUUUUUUACACAUUCUCUAUGGGAACUCGCAAUCAUUAUUUUGGUCGGACUAUCCUUCAUGGAGGUGCCAAAUACAGAGCCACUGGACGUGGUUUUGUGGUGCAGCAUAAAAGCUUUGCUGAGAACUAUAGACUAUUUGCUCGAAGCCAUUUUGUGAAGGCAAUUGAGCUUGGAGUCAUUCUAACAGUAUAUGCUGUCAAUAGUGCUUUGGCUGCUAGUACUUUUGUUUACAUAAUCAUGACAAUCUCAUGCUGGUUCCUUGUGGUUUCAUGGAUCAUGUCCCCAUUUGUGUUCAACCCUUCUGGCUUCGAUUGGUUAAAGACUGUAUAUGACUUCGAGGAUUUUAUGAACUGGAUAUGGUAUAGGGGAGUGCUGGCAAAAGCAGAUCAAAGCUGGGAAACAUGGUGGUAUGAGGAGCAAGACCAUCUGAGAACAACAGGUCUCUGGGGAAAAUUAUUAGAGAUAAUACUAGAUCUUCGUUUCUUCUUCUUCCAGUAUGGAGUUGUAUAUCAUCUGCAUAUUACUAAUGGAAACACCAGUAUAGGUGUGUACCUUUUAUCAUGGAUAUACAUGGUUGCGGCUGUUGGAAUCUAUGUCAGCAUAGCAUAUGCUCGGGAUAAAUUUGCUGCAAAGGAGCAUAUCAAGUAUAGGCUAGCGCAGCUUAUAGUCAUUUCGCUUACAAUACUUGUGAUAGUUCUAUUACUGCAGUUGACUCGUUUAAAUUAUGUUGAUCUUAUCAGCAGCCUUUUGGCAUUUAUUCCCACAGGCUGGGGCCUCAUAUGCAUUGCUCAGGUACUUAAACCUUUUCUGCAGUCCAGUAUUGUGUGGGAUACUGUGGUCUCAUUGGCUCGGCUAUAUGAUAUGCUGUUUGGAAUUAUUGUGAUGGUUCCUGUUGCAUUUCUGUCAUGGUUGCCUGGAUUCCAGUUAAUGCAAACAAGGAUCCUAUUUAAUCAGGCAUUCAGCAGGGGCCUCCAGAUAUCUCUUAUUGUCACUGGCAAAAAGUCUAAUUAACAGGAGAGUCGAGACGAUUGGACUCCGAUUCCACUGGCUGAAGAGGCGGUUGCCUUCUACCUUGUCCGAAGUGAUUGUUCCAAGGAAGAUCCUUAUGAUAAUGCCAUCAACUUUAUAUCUUUUGCUGCCAUGUCUGAUAGGCACGUGUUAUCAAUUUCUGCUAUUGUACAGAGUUCUGCAAAGUGAUUGACAGGCAUUUUGGUCUAGCCAUAUUCAUUCACUUUAUGGUUAUGUACAUAUUUGUUCAUAUGUUGUAGCUCAGUCCUUCCUUGUUAAAAGCAGUUGCUGAUGAUAUUUGCUACGCUCUCAGCCACUAACUAUGCUUUGCCACAUGUGAAUAUAUUAAUCUUUGUUUCAGCAA